ACCCGUGAGCGCGGACCCGCUCGGGCUUCCCCGCGUCCUGUGCAACGCUCGCCCGCCCCCUUCCGGCCGCUCCGGCGCGGUGCUGCGCGAGGACGGGCCCUCCCAUCCCUUCCGGUGUUCGCGUUUCUCAACUCCACCCCGGAUAUCAGUGGGACCCCAGGCUCAAACCCUGGGUGGCUGACCCCCGGCGCCGCUCGCCAGGGCGCCGGCCCUAUUUCCGAGCAAGAGAAUGGUCCCUCCCCGCUCCCGGCCGUGCGGAACCAAAGGCGUACACCCGGUUUCCAGCGAGUCGCUAAGGGAAGAGCACUUCCAGGCGCUGGAGCGCGCUGCGGAGGCCCGCCGGUCGUGUGCUGCCGCUUUCGGGGUCGUUCGCCGUCCUCUUCCGGGGCGGGGCCCGCACCCCGUGGCCUGGAGCUCGCUGCGCAGCUGCAGCGGCGCGCGGGACGUACUGGGAUGAAGGCGAAGGCGAAGGCGCCGGCCUCCGAGCGCGCCGCGAGCAUCCUCGCCGCUCAGCCGGGGGCUGUCGGGAAGCUCGCGCGGAAGAGAAGCAAGAAGAGGUUCUGGAAGAGCAAAGCGCGAGAAGGAAGCAGCACGCCGGGAAGCGUCCCCAGAGUGGCCGUGGGGCGGCCUCCCAAGGCCCCCGAAGACUUUUCUCAAAACUGGAAGGCGCUGAGGGAGCUGCUGAAGCAAACAUCACAAACCCCAGAAAAGCCUGUUGUCUCUCAGACGGAUCCAAAAAAGCAGCCUCACCUUAACCAACAGAACAGAAAAGAGACCUCAGCUAAAGUCAAGGGAGAGGAGAUGCCAACAAAAAAAGACCAGGAGGCCACAGGGGGCUCUGUUCCCUCUGGAUCUAGGAAGGAAAGGAUCGUGCCAGUACCUCCCGCAGAGGCCAAGGGAGCAGAGCAUAAGAAAGGAGCCAAGAAAAGGACAAAUGGUGAUGUUUCUUUGAAACAAGGGAACAUCAAGCAUAAGAAGCGGAAAGCUAAGGAAGCAGCCGUGGCCUCAGCUCCAGCCCUGCCCACUGAGGAAGACAUCUGGUUUGAUGAUGUUGAUCCAGCAGAUAUCGAAGCUGCUAUAGGCCCAGAGGCAGCCAGGAUAGCGAGGAGGCAGCUGGGCCAGAGGGAGAGCAGCAGCACCCUGGUGAAGGAGCAGGCCUUCCACGGCCUGACAAGAGCCUUGGCCCUGGAUUGUGAGAUGGUGGGCGUGGGCCCCAAGGGGGAGGAGAGCAUCGUGGCCCGCGUGUCCCUCGUGAACCAGUAUGGGAAGUGCGUUUAUGACAAGUACGUGAAGCCCACCGAGCCCGUGACAGACUACAGGACAGCGGUCAGUGGGAUUCGGCCCGAGGAGCUCAAGCAGGGAGAAGAGCUUGAGGUUGUGCAGAGGGAAGUGGCAGAAAUGCUCAAGGGCAGAAUCCUGGUGGGGCACGCGCUUCACAAUGAUUUAAAGGUGCUGUUUCUUGAUCAUCCAAAAAAGAAAAUCCGGGACACCCAGAAAUACAAACCUUUCAAGAGUCAAGUAAAGAGUGGGAGGCCAUCUCUGAAACUACUUUCUGAGAAAAUCCUGGGCAUCAGGGUCCAGCAGGCAGAGCACUGUUCGGUCCUGGCUCCCACUGGUCUGAGAACUGAUUGUCCACCAUUCUGUAAGACCCACAGUGAGGCCUCACUCGUGUUUACUUCAUACGCACAGCCCAUGUGCUUCUCUCCCCAGCCCCUCCCACAGGGGCCUUGGAGCCUGAAGCCGUACCACUGGCAGCUUGAAGGCUGGACCUAUGGUGCAGCAGCCCAUGCUGGCCAUCCAGAGGCUAUGCCAUGACAGGCAGCCUCACCCGUCCUCCAGGUGUCUUAUCUGCUUCUUCUGUUGCACUUUAGAGCCACCCUGCCCAGGCCAUAGCAUAUCAUGCAGCUGUGCAUUGUGGGGUGAGUCACUCAAGGCGGCAGGGAAGGGCCCUGCUCCCCUCCCUCAGCCAGGGAAGGUGCCAUCCUACUGGGUCCAGAUCUUGCCCAAGGGUGCUGGUACCCGGGCAGCUGGCCACCCCUAGGAAGAGGACUGUCACCUGUGGAUGAUGCUCAGCUGGUGCAAGUACUCCAGAGCGUCCAACAUCUGACCCAGGAUCUCCUGCAUCCACUGGGGAAAAAGCAAGAGAUGCCAGCAAGGGGAGGGGCCUGGAACUUCCUGAGUGGGAUUCCAUGCAGCUACUGUUAGGCAGGCGCCAGCUCAGCAGUCAGCAGGACAGGGGCACACUGCAGACCCCAGUGCCCAGGGGCUUUGACCCUAUGCCCUGCCUCCAGCAGCCACCUGUGGCCCGUUGCCCCACGCCUGCUCGAGCUCUUGGCAUGCGGCCCUUGUGGGUAUCUGACAUGUUAAAGCCUGCAAUGCCUGCUUGGGCCUUGCCCCUUCAUGUUCCAUUAGAGUGAAAAGAGCCCUGAAAGAGAACAUUCUAGAAGCAUUCUGUGUAAGAAACAAGCUGCAUCUAGUGUCCAGGGCAGUGAUUUUUCAAACUGUGUUCCUAGGACCCCUGGCUUCCACACUGGUGCCUUAGGCCACCCCAGGGUGUCAGGGGCUGGGCUGCAGGGCCCUAGCUUCCUCCUAGCCCUGGAAGAGCGGCAACAUCUAUGUUCCAAAGGGCCCCACUGCACACACGUACAAAGCCACCAUGGAGUCUGCCUCAGAGGCCAGGUCACCAGAGGAGCUGGGUACCCCUGAGCCCCGUGGAGAGAUGGCACCAAGCAGAGGAGUACUUUGAGGAAAGCAGAAUGCAUCUAGGCUGGCCCAGACCCAAAGGUGAAAGUGAGAAGUGACCAAGCUUCGAGAAGGAAACAGGAGGUGGGAGGAAGGCUGCCUAAGCCAGGGCUCAAGAGACACUGGCCAGAAGGGAUGACACUGAUGCACCAGACUUCAUUAUGAUGAGGACCUUUGCUGGCCGCAAGACACUGCUAAGAAGGGGAACUGGCAAGCCAUGGACUGGGAGGAGAUCUCUGGAUACCCUGUCCAGAUUAAAAAAUAAACAAACUACAAAUCAUUAGGAAAAAGACCCUGUAAGUGUUGAAAUGAGCAAAAGUACUUGAAGAGAUUCCAUGCCCAGACUGUCCUCACCACAAUCACUCUGCAGGCCAGCCAUAAUGGAAACUCACUCCCAGCCUCCACAGCAACCCCGAGCCGACUGGAACCUCGCGGUGCAGUAGAGCAGCCUCACCCUGGGAACCACCUGCACCACCCUCCCAGGGCCCACACCAGCUUUUCAGACAAUUCCACUCCUCCACAGCAGCCUGACUUAAAAUGGCCCAAGCCAGAAGCCACCAAAGACCCAUCACUGCUUCAAAGGUGACCAGAGGAGCACCGGAGGGCGCAGAGGGAUCUGGUAGGCCCGAGGAGGAGGGAUGAGCAAGGUUGGCUCCCCAGCCAAGCCCUUUGGAGUGAACUUCAGGAGUUGCAUGAUGACAGUCUCCGGAGGCAGGUGGUGGCUGUGGACCUCUGGUUUUGGGAACAGCUCUGGCCUCCUCUGGAGGCUAGAGGCAGGUGUGUGUAAAGUGUCAAGAUGUGGACUUGAGGGGCUGGGGAUGUGGCUCAAGCGGCAGCGCACUCGCGUGGCAUGUGUGCGGCCCGGGUUCGAUCCUCAGCACCACAUACAAACAAAGAUGUUGUGUCUGCUGAAAGCUAAAAAAUAAAUAUUAAAAAUUCUCUCUCUCU